UUUCAAAUCCCUUGCGCCCAAUCGGAGCAAGGCGUCGCCUAUAAAGUCCGUGGCGGGUGCUGUCGGGCGUCCGUUUCUGUGUUCGCGCUCUUGUUGUGUGCAGUGCAGACGCUGUCGCCAUGGCCCGUACGAAGCAGACGGCUCGUAAGUCGACCGGCGGCAAAGCCCCGCGCAAGCAGCUGGCCACCAAGGCGGCCCGCAAGAGCGCGCCGGCCACGGGCGGCGUGAAGAAGCCGCACCGCUACCGGCCGGGCACCGUGGCCCUGCGCGAGAUCCGGCGCUACCAGAAGUCAACGGAGCUGCUGAUCCGCAAGCUGCCGUUCCAGCGGCUGGUGCGCGAGAUCGCUCAGGACUUCAAGACGGACCUGCGCUUCCAGAGCUCGGCGGUGAUGGCGCUGCAGGAGGCGAGCGAGGCCUACCUGGUGGGGCUGUUCGAGGACACCAACCUGUGCGCCAUCCACGCCAAGCGCGUCACCAUCAUGCCCAAGGACAUCCAGCUGGCCCGCCGCAUCCGCGGGGAGCGCGCUUAAGUCGUCGCGGUCCUCGACAGGCUUUCCAUCGCAUCCAAAGGCUCUUUUCAGAGCCACC